AAAUGCAUUCGUUUACAAAAGUUGACUCGAUGCAAAACUGUGUGAUUUUGAAUCGUUGUGUAAUAUAAAAUAGAAUAAAGAGAUUAAAUAAGAAUAUGAAGAAACUCUUCCUAGUUUUACUGAUCACCACAUGUUGCUGGGCGGGGCAGCCACGAGUGGACCCGCUGGUGUCCACCUCGCGAGGGCUGAUCAGAGGGCUGCGCGCGGAGGACGGGGACUACGACAUGUUCCUGGGGAUACCAUACGCUGUGGUGGAUGAAAAUAAUCCAUUUGGGCCGGCCUCGCCGCAUCCCGGGUUCGACACCCCGUUCGACGCGUACCACGACGGCGUCCAAUGCGUGCAAACAGCUGGCAACACUGUUAUCGGCACGUUACAAUGCUUGCAGCUCAACGUGUACGUACCGAACAAGGCCAACUCUGCCCGCAAAAUGCCGGUAAUAGUCUACGUUCAUGGUGGAGGAUUUGCGUGGAACCACAAAGGGAUGUCCAGCCAAUCUCCGAAGUUCUUAAUCAAACACGAUGUGAUCAUCGUCUCCCUGAACUACAGACUAGGUCCUUACGGAUUCUUGUGUGUGAGUGAACCCGGUUACAGUAACCAAGGGUUAAAAGAUCAGCUGUUAGCCAUACAGUGGCUGAAAGAGAACAUAGCAGCCUUUGGUGGUGAUUCGAAUGAGAUUACAUUAAUGGGACAAUCUGCUGGAGCUAUGUGCUUAGAUCUACUUUUAUAUACAAAUGAAAAACUGGCUAAAAGAGUGAUACUACACAGCGGUAACGCUCUCAAUACUUGGUUGGUUGUUCCACAGAAUGACAGCUUAGCUAUCCAAGUGGCUGAGGAACUGGGCUUUACUGGUGAUGGUAUUAAAGAGGCAUUAGACUAUCUGAGUAGUUCAGGUCCUGGUCAAGUUGUACAGACAAUUGAAGGUCUCAAUACCGGUCGGAAUGCGCUCACAAGACCUUGCUUAGAACCUGAAGGAGAAGGUGCGAUAUUAACAGAGUUUCCCGAAAAUCUAAAACCGAAAGUCAAAAACAUGAACAUUAUCAUAGGGCACGCAAAUAAAGAAAUGAUGUUCUUAUACCCAAAUGCUAACAAAGACUUUUACAACAAUUUUCGAUUUAGUCAAGAAUUAAUCGGAAGCUUUGAUGAGGCUUACGAUGAGGAUAUCGUCACACAAUUUUACAUCGGAGACGAGAAACCUGGAGAACAUUUACAAGAUGAUAUUCUAGAUUACGGAUCAGACUUCGUAUUCGUUCACCCGACAGAAAGAUCUAUAGAUAGGUAUCUAGACGCCGGCGCGAAUGUGUAUCGCUUUAUGUUCACAUAUGAAGGCGGAAGAAACAGAAACAAGGACCGCAUGAAUCUGACGUCAUCUGGCGCGUCACAUGGAGACGACCUUGGCUACCUGUUCGACAUGGACACCUACGAGGGUCAGGAGAUAAGUGAAGAGGAUCAGCAAGUUAUUGAUGUCAUGACUCUAAUGUGGACUGACUUUGUUAAAUACGGUGACCCGACGCCGUCGCCGCCCGCAGUGCUAGGGCAGCGCUGGCGCGCGGUGGACGCGGCGCGGAGAGUAUACCUGGACAUUGGAGCGCCACUCGCGCUCGGCAGCCGCCCCUUCCACCACAGGAUGGCCUUCUGGGAUCUCUAUUUCCAGUUGCAUGGGAACCAUGUCAUCGGUUAUAAACCCUAAAGAGACCUUUCUAGGAGAUUUUUCUUCUGUAAUGAAAGAAUUGUUUGAGCCCCUAUAAAUGUUUUUUGGGAUGA